CAUCUGAAUUAUAUUAUUUACUGAAAGAAAAUCUAUUUUCCUUUUUUUAUUUUUGUUGCGAUGCACUUUCCUUACAUUCUCAGUUACUGACAAACCAUUGCAGGUUAGUUGGAAGAUAAAUACACCUACAAAUGAAGUAAAUUGCCUUUUUAUAAGCUAAAGAUGAAGCUUCUGAUAGUCAAGGAAUUGCCAGUGUUGCGUAGAUCAGACUGAUGACAGAAAAUGGGAGGAAACUCCAUAUAGGGCAUGAGAGACAGAUGAUCAGUCAGACUCAUAAAGUAGGCUCUCCUUAUUCUCACACAGUUUGUGACCACAUUACACCUCAGUGUUUGACUGAAGAGAAAACGAUGUCUUGUAAAAUUCCUUUGUCAGCAAACAAGAGAAUGAAGAACAGGGCGUUGAUAGUGUCUGUGGAGAGCUUCUAUCCAGGUGCAGGUCUGAACAACAGGAACGGUGCGAAGAAAGACACUCAAAGACUUCACAAAACCCUCAGCAAGCUUGGCUUCUCUGUGGAAAUCAGAAUAGACAUCGAAGCAGAUGAAAUCUAUGAAGCAUUUAAAGAAGCGAGCAAGAAGACGGUCAAAGACUGUUUUGUGGGCGUCAUAUCCAGUCACGGUGAGGAGGGUGUUGUGUUCGGAGCUGACGGACGUGCUGUGAAACUGGCUGAGAUCUACAGCUACUUUGGAGGUCCGUCAAUGGCAGACAAGAGCAAGCUUUUCUUGAUUCAGGCUUGUCGAGGGCAUGGGUUGGAUGAAGGUGUGGAGGUCGACUCUUCAUUCUCAGAGGAAGAGGACGGGGUGUCUGAGCUGUUUUCCAUCCCUAUUGACACAGCAGUCAUGUACGCCACAUCUCCAGGUUACGGUGCAUUCAUGCAUCCUCUGGGCUCAGAGUUGAUUCAAACCUUUUGUAAGCUGCUAGAAGAGGAAGGAGGUCCAGAUCUGGAGAUCACGAGACUCCUGACUCGGAUAAACUUCCAGGUGGCCUACAACUUUGAAUCCAGGGGGAAAGAGUUGGGUGGCAAGAAACAGAUGCCCUGCUUUGUGACCCGCUUUACCAGAGAGGUUUUCCCGUUCAGAAAGAUGGCAGCGGCAGAAGAUUUGAGCUUGAGCUUUGCAGCCACGCAGCUCAUCGAUGAACCCAGUCGAUCACGGAAGAGCUCCAUCAGCUGAACAGAGACUGACUGGAAUAACGGAUUAAUGUAACUCUUCUAUAGCAUCUCUCAAAGUAUCUCACAGGAGACUAAUGAAUAAAGUGACGUCAUGACACGUAAAGUUUCAUGUCCAGCAGGAAGUGAGUGGUUGGGAAAGUUGCAGGUCACAUUUUUAGUUCUCCAUUUAUGUGUCAUGUGUUUUUGCCAUUGCUACCUCAUUAUGCAUAUAACCUAUUUAUUCUCAAGAUACACUACUGUUCAAAGGUUUGAGGUCAUAAAAAAAUGCUUUUGAAUGAAGUAUCUAAUGCUGACCCAGGCUACAUUUAUUUGAUCAAAAAUAGCUGCUUUCUAUCAUAUGAUCUUAUUUUUUAUUUCCACAAAAUAUUAUAAUCAUUCAAAUACUCUUUUGGUGUUCAAGAAACAUUUCUUCUUA